AUACAUUACAUACAAAUCUCUUCAAUAUGUUUUAGAAUUGCAUUGAGAACAGACACAUGUUUGAUUUUCUCUGAUUAUAUGAACUUAUGCAAAUUUACUGACAGUUAAGCUUAUUGUUUAUACAAGUCUUUGAUAUUCUGCGCCAAUUAUGUUGGAUACACUAAUUGGAAGCACUGGGAAUUGCAGUGAAAUGCAUGAUGGUUGGCAAGAAGUGGAGAAAUACCUGUAUGGUGAACAUCAGCAGUUUGAACAAGAGACGCAGAAGUUCGAGAGUGGAAUAUUGUCGAACUUGGACCAACUGAAAACUGGGUUUCCCGCAAGUCCAGUGUCACCUGCACAUUCGCCAUCCUCCCCAGGAUCAAAUUACGCGUGCAACAGUCCCGGCGGCUCACCGGCUCCAGUAAACAGCUGGUGUGUCAAUCAGGAAUUGUACGACGAUUUGCUCGAUUUGGACUUUAUCUUGUCAAACACAAUGGAUACCAAUAACUUAUCACUUUACGCCGACGACAAUAAUGGUCUGAAAGUGAAGCAGGAACCGGUAGCAGACAACUCAUUGCCAGACUUUAGUUCUAGUUUCUUAGACAUACCUGACAUUAAGCUGGAAAAUUAUAAGAGCUGUUCUAAUUCCGUUUCAAAUACAUUUCCAGACGUUGAAUCUAACAAAGUGGACUUUAGCCUUGUAGUACCAAAACAGGAAUGUACACCAAAUACAAGUGCAUGUGCGAACUUUACUGCGACGCCUAUGCGUCAAGAGUGCAAUCCCCAACAAACCCAACCACAGAUGCAUUAUAAUAUUAACAUUCCUGGUCAGUUAUCGCCACCGUCGUCGCCGGAUCUCUACCCAGACAACAACCAAAAAUGUUUGCCGACCAUGCCUCAACUACAACAAAUGAGAACAGCACCGCAUCAGCAUUCAGCUCUCCCGCCAUACCCGCAUCACAUGACGCCACAGUUCCAGCAGUACCUCAUGUCUCAACAUCUUAUGCCAAAACUUGGUCAACACGGUCAUAUGACGCAGUUACCACCACACAUGAUGACACCGCCAUCAUCGCCACAACAAUUUGUUGAUUUGCUCUUGCCACAAAGCAUCAUGGACCCGGCUAUGGUCCAACCUAAGAAACGUGGACGCCGUACUUGGGGUCGCAAACGCCAGACGACCCACACAUGUUCUCAUCCGGGUUGUACAAAGACAUACACCAAAAGCUCACACUUGAAAGCCCACCUACGCACCCACACAGGCGAGAAACCAUACUGUUGUACGUGGAAGGGAUGUGGCUGGAAGUUCGCACGGUCAGACGAACUUACACGUCACUACCGCAAACAUACCGGUGAUCGACCAUUCCAGUGCCAUCUGUGUGAGCGCGCGUUCUCUAGAAGUGACCAUUUGUCUCUCCAUAUGAAGAGGCACAUAUGAACUGUAUCCAGGAAGCGUCUACACGAAUAAAGGCGCGCAGUGGAAGCAGAUACGGGCUGAAAAAGUGCUCGAGAAUAUUUUGAAGAAUCCAAAAGGACUGAUGGUUUUAUUUGGACGAUUACACUCGCAUAUUUUGUGUAAUUGAUUUGAAACAUGAAACUGUUACGUUUUCACCAAUGUUAGUUUUUGGAUAACCUUCAGAAUAAUUUUAGCUUAAGAGGUUAUUUUGGUUGUUUGAGGAACUGACUGGCUCAGUUUUGUUAGUCGACACCAAACCUUUUGAGACUCGAGGAAGGUGCUGGUCGCCCCCAGAGGCUCAAAUAGGGAGGUGUAGAGGUGUACAUUUUGUUCCAGAUACAUUGUUAAUGUAUAUUGAGACCAAAGUUGUUAUAAGUUAUUCGUCAACGGUCAUGCGAAUGUAUGUUGUUCUAUUGUUAUAUUUUUAUAUAUAAAAUCAAAUUAAAAUUUUAUUGUUAAACUGCCGAGCCUAAACCAAACUUAUGAUUGUAGAAGAUAUUAUAAUAUAAAAGAUAAUAAGAUUUGAUAGAAAUAUUUAUAUAUAUAAAUGAUAUUAUAAAUUUCGACUGCACUAAAAUUCGACUUAUAGUGCUACAGAAACUAUAUAAGUGCUCUAUAUUUUUGUAUCAUACCUAUAUUUAACUUGAUAUUAUAUUUUAUAGAAGUUGCUCGCUUUUGCAAAGUUAAGUGCUGUUCUCCAAAUAUUUCUGAACGAGAAAAAAAAUGUUAUGUGCAAUUAAGUGUGUUCAAAGUAACAUAGAAGUUAGCUGACCUGUUAAAAAAAUCCUGAUCAGUACGAUCGAGAUGGUAAACACGAUUCACGUGUAUUCUUUGUUUUUCAUAUAGCGUAGUUACACUCAGCAAAUUAUUUAACCAGGAAAAUUGUAGUUUUUUUUAGCUUAACUUUCACCUUUCUUAUACCGUCAAACGUUUAUAUUAUUUUGUCUUUUCUUCCAAACUGGCUUUGGUUGCUGUAUCCAGUUAAGAUAAAAUAUCACAUGAAAUAUUAUUUUUGGAGUUUUGUGCUUGUGUUAGCUGUUUUCUGUUUACCAUAUAGUUUUGUGUUAAUUUAAUUAUUCUAUUUUUGUUAAUCCUGUUUUGGUGCUUUCUUGCAUACUUAUUAUUAUUGAACUCCCCCUGCUGUACUAGUCAAUUCGCUAUUUUUGUAAAAUUGUGCCAUUUUCUCAUUCUUACUAACCAGAAUCAAACUUCCCAAAAUAUGACAAAUUAAGUAUGACAGACAGGUCUACUAAAUUAUAAGCUGGUGAUAGAAAUUGCAUACUUUACCUGAUAAAUGGAGUUAUUUUUAAAAAAAUGAUUGUACUAAAAAUUUGUUCCUCCGGGGAUAUUGGCGGGGAAUCUUCCGUGGGCAGGGGCGUAGAAUUUUGUGAAGUUUGUUUCUGGUUCCCCACUUUGUAUAAACCAGCGAGACUGGUCAUUUUCAUGAUGAUCAUAAACCCGGCAAAAAACGGGGAAAAUAAAUUAUUGAAACAUA